CCUUCUCCCCCAAUGCUGCCCCCAGCUCCAGAAAUCUGUCCUGAUGGAUCGGAAGCAACAGAAAUGCUGUGUGAUUGCAAAAUCAUCAGCAUUGAUGAUUUCUAUGCCCUCACCCAGGUGACAUCUGUGGCUGGGUCAUCGUGCAAGCCCGUUUGUGAAGACCGUGACAGGGACCUAUCAAACUGCAAAGCGUCAUGUGAAGAAGGCCGAUGGGAUUACACUUGUGUCUGGCAUGGAUGUGGUACAACCAUUCAAGCCCAGGCUGUUGAUAUUAUCAGAACUGAAGCAUGCGAGUACAAAGAG